CAGGUGGUGGUGCAUCUGGAUAGCCAGGCUGGGUUCACGCCGGGGUCGAGUCGGCGCAGUUCCGUCGCGGAGGUGUCGGAGCCCGUCGAGGUCGUGUUGCGUCUGAGCUAUGUGGUGCCCGGCGUGAGCUGGAGCUCGCGCUAUGAGCUGCGCAUUAACACGCCGUCGUCGUCGGCGCGGAUGGCGUAUCGCGCUGAGUUCCGGAACUCGAGCUCGGAGACGUGGACGGAUGCGCGGGUGACGCUGUCGACGUCGCAGGCGUCGUUUUCUGGGCUGGAACAGCGCAUCCCCUCGUUGCAUCCUUGGCAUAUUAAGUUGUUGGAUGCCAUUCGGGAGAACCAGGAGCAUCCUUCUUGGGAGAAGAUUCUGAGGGGUGGUGAAUCGAAUCGAUCUCUUGUGAAAACGGGUGGGCUAUUUGGAACUCGUCCCUCGGGGAAGAGUUCCUUUGGAAUGGCUUCAGCGCAACUUCAGAAGGGUUUUGGAUUCGGGCAACCAGCAUCUUCAGGUCUUUUUGGAGCUCCGCCAAACCAGAACCAAAACUCGGCGGGGUCUGGCUUUGGUGCGGCGCAAUCAUCUACAGUCAGUGCUUUUGGGUCGCCGCCAAACCAGAACCAACCUGGCCCGUCCGGGGGCCUUUUUGGAGGGCAAGCUCCCCCAGCACCAAAUCAAACGAGCAAUACAGGAGAAGCACCGGGUCAUACCCAACAGGCGUCAUCUGGGGGAUCCGUAUUUGGGAGAGCUACUGCUGCAGCAGUAGCAGCAGCAGCAGCAGCAGCCACUCAGAACCAAGAGCCAGGUCCCACUGACCACGCAGAUGAGGACGACGAGGGUAGCGAAGACGAGGCGGACAACGACAUCGACACCAUAGCUUCAGCGUCCCUCGAACACCAAGAAUCAGUCAAGCAAGACUACGGACUCACGACGACCUACGAUCUUCCCGGACAGCGGACGCUCAUCCCCUCGAGCAACAACAGACGCCAUGUGCUGGCCGACCUGGACCUGAAGUCAGUCACCCUUUCACAUCUCAUUGUCCCGAAACACAGCGCAGAAGCGUUUUACCGCGCACGGAUCAAGAACACCUCGGCGUUGCGGCUUAUGCGCGGCAGAGUGGGUUUGACUGUUGAUGGAACGUUCCUGGGCACGGCCACGAUCCCGAACUGUGCGCCGGGCGAUUUCUUCAGUGUCUCCUUGGGCGUGGAUCCCUCGAUCCUGGUGACCUAUGGUAAACCAACGGUGCGACGGUUGAACACCGGGUUCUUCACCGGACAGGUCGGGGCUGUGUUCCGGCGCACGUGUUGGAUCAAGAAUACCAAGGGCGUGGCGGCGGAUAUCACGGUAUUGGAUCAGGUGCCGGUGAGCGAGGACAAGGAGCUACAGGUGGAGAUCCUGGAGCCAAAGGGGUUGCAUGACAAGGGUAAUGAAGUGAAGCUGGACAUGGAAGCGAGCCAUGGAAAUGGAAAGGCCAUUAUGGAGAAGAAGGGAGAGGUUAAAUGGGUUUUACAUUUGGAGCCAGGGAAGGAUGUGCGGGUGGUGUUGGAGUAUGGAACGAAAGCGCCGAGAGGGAGCGAGGUGGACACUGCAUGA